AAUUUGUCGAAAGUCACCAAGUUUCGUUGUAUGGACGUUAAGUCAAAUUUUACAUGUACUCUGUAUUUCCCUAAAAGACGACAUGUCGCACAAGAAAGCGCUUAGUAAGUUUUUAUUCUUUAUUGUAGCAUUUGGCACGCUAGUCAUUUGGUCCACUUUGAUUUUUAGCCGUUUCGACAGACUUGAAACAUCUCAUUUCAGCGUUUGAUGCUAAGAUAAAUUUAUAGCUUUUCCAAAUUCAUGUGUCAGUGGAUAAAAGAAGAGCAAGGAAUUCGAAAGAAUACACGAGAAACUAUUCCCAUCCAGAACAGAAAAUGUAUUUCAAAGGGCGUUAAAAUUUCACUGGAUACUGUACUUACGACCAAUGCAUUUCUGAAGAUGUUGUGGUAGUCAACAUAUGCUCGAAGUUUGGAUAGAGGCCGUGUUUUUCGACAGACAUGCACUAUUUUCUACUUGUUUACUUCAAAUAUUUUUUCUGUAGCUUUGCUUGGCUCCAAGGGACCUAUCUACAUCCUUGCAACUCGAUGUUUCUUUUCCACCGAUUCUGCAAGCAAAGUUAGCAACUUGAAGGUAUUUAUUUCUAUAAUAUCACUGAGAUCAAUAGAAAUCGGCUGAUAGGCUCCUGAACAGGUAACCUUGGUUGAUGUAUCACUUACUGUAGUGGUGAACAGUUGACUGUUGUAUAUUGUUUGGUAGUCAAUCAAAUUAUGUACCAAAUGAUCAUUGGCCGGUACUGAAAGUCAAUUAACACUUAAGCUACACUCAAAUGAUAGUCAGCCCGAGUCUCAAGAGCUUGUCUGCAGCAGCAUGUCUAUAAAAACAUUGAUCAACCUUUGGUCAAUUAAGUUGAUAUACAACCAUCUAUCAGGUCGAUUGUCAAUUGAUUGCUAAGCAACACAUUAAUCAACUCUUUGGGAAUAUAUCCCCCUAGGAUACCUUUUGUUCAUGAAUUCCAUUAUUCAAAGGGACUCAUUUGUUUAGUCAUUAGAAUAACUUUUAUUACUGAAUGACUUUGCCUUUUUAAAUAUUGUGCUUCUUAUAACCCUAUAACCCUUUCACUCCCAAUAGUGACCAAGACAAAAUUUCUCCUUAAAAUAUCAACACGAUCUCAAGUAAACAAGUGAUAAGAAUAUAGAAAAAUAUAAAUUAGUGGAUUAUCAUUUGAUUGAAUACCAAAUUCUCCAAACUAAAACUAUAAGCAGUGUUUGGCAGAUAGUAGGGAGAAUUACUAAAGAGAUCAUGGCAUUGAAAGGGUUAAGUGAUAUACAGGUUUAUAUUUAACUUCUUUCAAUUUCGAUACAUUAUAUAGCAAUCAGCUGGUGAUAAUAAACAGAUGUGUUAGUUUUGAUGGAAUGUGUUAUCUUGACAUUAUGCUAUGGAAACCUGGGUAUGCUUUGGCAGCAUUGGCCCCUUGACUUGAGGACAAACCUAACAUUUUUGUUAGGAAAAUUUUGUAAACCAAGGAAAAAAUGUUUGUGAUGGAGCCAACUAAUUUUCUGUUUACAAGAAAAAUACAGUAGUCUUCAGGAACCACCUCAGGUCCCCUACAUAUAAAAUAUAUCAAAUUUGAUGUUACUUAAAGAGCUCGAGGCUCCAUAGGGUUUUUGCUGAAUAUUGGCGUGUGCACCAACUUAUUGUUUUUCUAGGAAUAUUUAUGUUUCCGCUUUCCUAGGUCACUAAAGGCCAUCAAAAGGGUGUCAAGCAAGGUUCAGACUAUCAUUUGCUUUAGUAUAUAUUAUCAAAAUGAUUUUCAUUAUUAAGUUAAGGCUUUAUGAAGGGAGGCACUUGCCAGAGAUAAUUUGGCUUUGCCUUUGAUUUUCUUCAAUUUGCUUCUGUGAAAUUGACCAAAAUUUUCACAAUUUGUAAAAUUUGUUCUGCAAAUCAUUAAAAGCUGAAAAAAUAGGGGUUUUUAGGGGCAGUUUCCUCGCCAUUUGCAAUUUUGUGUUUUCUUUGUCUAUUUCAAAUUUGGUCUUUAUGAAUUUUUUUUUAUCAAGGCACUAGGAAGGGCACAAAUAUGUUUAAUGGUCCAGCAAAUCUUAGGAAAUUCCACAGAAGGGAACACAAUAAAUCUUGCUCAAAAGAUCUCUAUUUUCUUUGUCAGGAAACAUUUUGUAAUGGGAUAGAACUUUGCUAAGUUCUAUAUCUAAGCAUGUAUACAUUAUCAAAUCUGUUGCAAUCUGUGGCCUUUUGGCAAUCUUUCCCACUGUUUUUUCUUUUUGGUUGACCUCUUUAUUAGGCAUAGAAGGCCUAUGAAUAUUAUGGGUGCAGUUGCUGGAAACACUUGAUUUCAUUACAUAAAAACUGUAUUGUGUUAAACUGUUCUUAACUCACCUUUUCAGAUGAUUGUAUCAAGCCACCAUGUUUAUUUUGCAUGGUGACACUUUUAAAGCUUGCGUAUGUUUGCACCCAGAUCUUGUACAUUAAAAGAACCCUAUGGAGCCUUCCUAAACCAUUUUAAGAUGGAUAGGUUUCUUUUUUUCCAUUACCUUUCUGUUUAAAAAAGUAUUUCUGUUGUGAGAAGAAAUUUCAUAAUUGUCACUCCAAGGGGUAACAGAAUUAACUCAGCUUUCUUCAGUCUAUAUAACAAUAUUAUUGCUCUUCAUUAUUUUUUAGAACACAAACCACUUUGAGUUGGUUGAAAUGAGUGGUUGGUCAAGGGUGGUACUGACUCCUGAUCCAAGCACAUCUUUGGCCCAUUGUGUCAGUGCAGACUUUGACAUGAGUGAUGGUAUUGCUAAGAAGUUUAAAAAGAAGUUUGGGAAUUAUCAGGAUCUUGUCACAAAAGGUUUUGUUAACUUUUUCUUGUUAACAAGGUCGUGUGCUAAAUAAAAUCAUGUUGUUUUCUUUCUGGAACCGUAUAGUGACUUUUUUCAGAAUGAUAAUUUUGUCCUUCCUGCCUUAUUGAAUUGUGAUCUUCAACAUUCCUUUAUGAAUGGGAUUUGUGAGCAAGAAAUGUCUAUGCAUCAUGUCUUGCCAUGUGCCAAAGGGUAGGUAAUAAGUAAGACAGGUCAAAUUCAUCUCAAGAAUGUUGCUACAUGACAAUACAAAUAUAAACUUCUGGAAAUGAUUUUUAGUAAGCCAUGAAAACGCCAGAAAAAAUGUCUCUGUUUGAAAAUAUCUAUGAUCAUGAUUUCAGCCAACUUGGUGCUUCCCACAAAAGGUCCCACACUUACCAAGUACUUUAAUGUUAACAAAAGAUGGAUUAUUUUUUUUGUGAGGUUUGUUUUGUGGUGGCCAUUUUGAAAACAAGUUUGAGUACAAAGUCUGAAGCAAAAGAGGAUCACAGGUGUACUUGAAUACCUAUGGCUGAGUACUGAGCUCAGGGGUGAGAAAUGUAUGGAAACUGCUCAGUGCUACUGAGAAAGGAGUACUUUGUAAUUUUUUUUUAUCUUUCUUGACAAGUGAUCAAACUUUCCAUAAUUUUUUAACUUUCUGAUAGCCUUAGACCCACACAAACUGUGCUAAAGACCUGGUUUGUCACCUUUUUCCCAAAAUCGCUACCACAAAACAGAUAUCACAAAUCAAGUGCAGUGCCUUUUUCUUUUAUUUAUGAAAAGAUACUUCUUCUGCAUAUCAGAGCAUGUUGCACGCUACCCACUGUAUGAGUCAGUUGUCCAUUUCACAUCCAAGUUAUGUGCUGUGUUAAGAAUGUUAUACAGACUCUCCUAUGCUCACAAGUAAAUGUAUAUAAUUACAGGUCUGUAUUUUCAAGAAGAAGGAAAAGUGGGUGACAUUGCUGUGUUGGAGAGAAAUGAAUCAAGCUUUGUGUACUAUUUGGUAAGUUUUUUGUUAAGGGAGAAAUGCUUUAUCUUUUCUCUUCUCUAUCUGGUAGUAAAGUGUUACUUUCUACACUGAGGACCUCUAAAACUUUUUUUCACUGCACUCAAUAGUUUUCCUUCGGUUUUGACCCCUGGUUAAUCUUAGCAUUUGUUCAAAAGAAAAGGGAAAUGUAAAUUUUAGGAUUAUAGUAAUAACAAUAAUGAUAAUUAUAAUGAUAAUAAUGAUAAUAAAAUAUUUAUCUAUAUGGCACUGUUUAAAAAGGUUCUAAAGCACUUUACAAUAACAGGAAAACAUAAAAUUGAUAAAACUAAUGAUCACAUAAGAUAAAAUGUAUCGUUUAUUAAGGUAAUUUUUUUAGAGGCGAAUAGAAUGAACUAAAAUUAGUUAGAGCUUACGAGAUGUGUAUAGGGAGACUGUUCCAUAUCUAGGGAGCACAUAUAGAAAGGCGCGGUCACCGUAAGAUUUUAGGUUCGAUGGAUGAGUUUGUAGAUUAAAGUUGGUGACCUCAAUCGCCUAUUGGGGGCACAGUUUCGAAGAAGAUCACGGAUAUGACAUGGAGCAAAGUUACGUAGAGCCUUAAGUGAUUAGAAGCAAUUUAAAAACAGUACGAUGUUCAAAUGGGAGCCAAGGAAGCUUUUCAAGUAGUGGCGUAAUAUGAUCAUACUUGCGACCACCUAAAGUUAGGCGAGCUGCGCAAUUCUGUACAAGCUGUAAUUUGUAAAUGAGACGGGAAGGAAGACCAAAUAGUAAAGAGUUACAGUUAUCUAACCUUGAAAUAACAAAAGUAUGUACUAAAAUCUUGGCAUGAUCUUUAAACUCAUACUUCCUGGUAUGAUAAAGAUAACGAUUGUGAAAAAACAGGACUUGCAAAUAUCGGUGAUAUGGUGCCCAUAGCUCAGCAUGUUGUUAAACGUGACACCAAUGUUCCGGGUGCACUUGAAUGAAAGAAUAACAAAAUCAUCAUAAAAUCUAAUAAGUAGAAAUUGUAAAGGAGUUCUUAACUCUGAUCAUAUUAUCACGUUAUUAACGAAUUUUAUGUCAAAUGUAUUGAAGGUCAAAAAAUAUGACACUUUACUUUCUUAUUUGUUUUGACUGGCUUGCAGAUCACCAGAGAAAACUGGUGGGACCAUGCCACACCCUCAUCAAUGCGCGGCUGUUUGAUGCAGUUGAGGAAGCAUUGCCAGGAGAAUGGAGUUGAUAAGUUGGCUAUUCCCCGCUUAGGGACUGGAGCAGACAGAAUUGAUUGGCCUUUUGUAAAGAGAAUUGUAGAAGAAGUUUUCAAGGAAACAGACAUUUCAAUUACGGCAUACACAUACAGAUAGACUUUCCCAUGUGGCAUAAAUAAUACUGUUCAUUUACUGAUAUUAACCCUUUAGGCUACAAUAGUGACCAGCAUCUAAUUUCUCCUAACAAUAUCAUUGCCUGAUCAAAUGUACAGAUCAUGAGAAUGAAUGAAAUGAUUACCAAAGAUGAAAUGUCUUGAUGUUUGUACAAAUUUUCUCAAUCAGUUAAAUAAGAAACAUAUGGAGAACAGUGACGAG